GCUAUGAUAUAAACGAAGAAACGGAUCAGAGGCGGGCAGAAAACAAGAAAAAUCUACGACUUCGUUAAACUUAGUGGGUCGAAGCCACAACACAAUUGGGGAAAUCCAAACAAGAAAGCCAUGUUGAAGUUUUUGCUGGUUUUUGUCGGGGCGGUGCAGCUCAGUCUUAUCUUGGCGCAUGCUCCCUCUCCUUGCCAGAAUUGCUGUGCGCAAGGUCAUGAUGGCAAGAAUGGAAUUCCGGGGAUUCCAGGAGUCCCUGGAAAACCUGGAACACCGGGGAAGUCUGGAAACGAUGGACGGAAUGGCAAACCGGGAGCGCCUGGACCCAAGGGCCCUCCAGGACCCAAAGGAAGUAGGGGGCCCAAGGGUGUUCAGGGCCCUCCUGGGACGACACACGUCAACUGGAAACAAUGUGCAUGGAAGGAAUCAGAUGGGCGGGACCAUGGAUUGAUCAAGGAUUGUGUUUUUCGCAAGAGACGUCAGAAUACGGCCCUUCGUGUACAGUUUAUUGGAACAUUUCGAAUCCAUAACUGUAAUAGUUGUUGCAAGCGCUGGUUCUUUACCUUCAAUGGCGCUGAGUGUCGCGGACCCCUCCCUAUCGACGGAGUAGUCUAUAUGAGCAAAGGCACAGGAGCUAACCUCAAAGACCUCCAUCGCGUGAGGGUAAUAGAGGGCUACUGCACCAACAUUCACAAUGGCCCCAUUCGCGUCGGCUUCAACGUCGGUAAUUGCGCUGGUUAUGGUAAUGCUGACGCCUACACCGGGUGGAAUGCGGUCUCGCGCAUUAUUGUGGAGGAAGUCCCCCCUCAGCAAACCUGAGAAUGACUUGGGCGAGCUUAGCCAGACAGUAUCACAAACGAUAAAGUAAUAUAAUAGGUGUUGGGGUGUGAGGUUUAACCAGCAAUAAACACGAUAAAGCAA